GAGUCUCCCGAGAGGGCAGAGGAGGGAGCCGAGGGCAGAGUGGGCGCAGCAGGAGACCUGGUGGCCAACAGGGCAGAGUGUGGACGAAGGCAGAGGGCUGGGGCAGAGGCAGUGAGGGAGGCGACUCCAGAGACCCCGGAGUGUCAGGGGGAGCCGAGGGACCCCGAGAGUGACAGAGAGAGGAGGGGAGAGGGAGGGAGGGCUGUUCACGGGAAGGAGAGACUGCCAGGGGACCCGAGGAGUGGAGGCUGGGAGGGAGCCAAGGAAAGAGACUGGACCACGCGAGGGUGACAGGAAGAGGGAGCCGCCAGGAGACCUCAGGCACACGGGGGGCCGGCGAGGACCCAGGGGCGGGCACCAGGUGCUGGUCGCCCUCUGGGGAGUGCAGACAGGGGUGUCUGUCUGCCCAGGUCAGCCAUCACCAGGCGGCCCCGAGAUGGAGCUCAGGGCCCCUGAGACCCCCGUGGAUGGGGACCCAGAGGAGGACACGGCUGCAGCUCUCCAGCGGCUGGUGGAGCUGACCGCUACUAGGGUGACCCCAGUGAGAAGCCUGCGUGUCCAGUAUCGCCUCAUCCGAAAGCUGGGCUCCGGCUCCUACGGCCGGGUGCUGCUUGCCCAGUCUCGGCAAGGGGGACCUGCGGUGGCUCUCAAGCUCCUCCGUCGGGACUCCGUCCUGAGAGCCACUUUCCUGAGGGAGUUCUGCGUGGGGCGCUGCGUGUCCUCCCACCCCGGCCUGCUGCAGACCCUGGGCGGGCCCCUGCAGACGCCUCGGUUUUUCGCCUUCGCCCAGGAGUACGCUCCCUGCGGGGAUCUCAGCAGGAUGCUGCAGGAAAAGGGCCUCCCGGAGCUGAUGGUGAAGCGGGUGGUGGCCCAGCUGGCUGGGGCCCUGGACUUCCUCCACGGCCGUGGGCUGGUGCACGCAGACGUCAAGCCGGACAACGUGCUGGUCUUCGAUCCUCUCUGCAGCCGCGUGGCCCUAGGCGACCUGGGUCUGACCCGGCCAGAGGGCAGCCCAACCCCGGCCCCACCAGUGCCCCUACCCACUGCGCCUCCUGAACUGUGCCUCCUGCUGCCACCCGACACCCUGCCCCUGCGGCCAUCUGUGGACUCGUGGGCCCUGGGGGUGCUUCUCUUCUGUGCUGCCACUGCUUGUUUCCCCUGGGAUGUGGCACUGGCUCCUGACCCUGAGUUUGAAGCCUUUGCCGGCUGGAUGACCACCAGGCCCCAGCCCCCUCGGCCACCAGCACCUUGGGACCAGUUUGCACCCCCAGCUCUGACCUUGCUCCAGGGCCUUCUGGACCUGGACCCCGAUACCAGGAGCCCCCCGCUGGCUGUUCUGGACGUCCUGGGCGAUGGCUGGGGGUUGGAGGGGGAUGCAGAGGGACCCAGAGACCUGGGGAGGCUGUCCUCUGAGGAGGUGGCAGAAGGGGAGGAGGGAGGGUCAAGCCUGGAGGAGUGCACAGACCAGGAGGAGGAGGGAGGCAGAGUCGGCAGAGGCAUGGGGACAGAUGGGGAGCUCCCCGACCAGGCGACUGAGGCAGGUGGCCCAACCUGGGCCAAAGGCCCCCCCCUGUGCCCAUGGCCACCUGGAAGGCAAGACAGCUGCUCGGGGGAGGACAGAAGAGAAACACAUUGCACCUUCCCCUAGUGAAGGCCAGUCCCCAUCCCAAUGGGGGACCAGGGUCCAGGCCAGUCCCCACCCGAACGGAGGACCAGGGUCCAGGCCAGUCCCCACCCGAACGGAGGACCAGGGUCCAGGCCAGCCUCCUCCC